GCCUGUAGAAGUUGGUUGUUGUUAAAUGAGUUUUCUGUUACUGGGUUCUUGUUGUUGUUUUACUUUUGUAUGAUAUCUUGCGUUGAAUUAACUACAAGAUGGAGCAUAGUUUAUUUUUCUCUGCUUCGUUGUUAAAUUUUUUGCAAAUGUGCUCCCAAACGUAGAGCAUUCAAGGUCAGAAAGAAAAGGAAAGCUUUUGAUUUUUAGUUCCCAUCUUGAAAAAAUAGAGUAAUUUGUGAUUAUUAAUUUGUUUGAAAGCUGAUUGCUGUGAAUGAAGAGCUAUAAAUCAUUGGUGUAAGUUCAUUUACAAGAAAAACACAAGGUCUAUGAUUUUACUCUGUGACUAGGGCUUCAUAUAAUGCUGUCCAUGUUUAUGUCAGUCUUGAGAGAAUUAAGCGCGGAGGAAUUUACAGCAUCAGGUUGCAUUUUGUAAUGUUGUUGUAUCUCAAUAGGUUUGAUGAGGUUGUAUUUCAUUAUGUGGUGUUUUGCUAGUGUAAUUCCACUAGCUCUAUAAUAAUGAUACUACUUUCUGGCUGGUCAAGUUUAUCUUGAAAUCAAGUUUCUUUGAUCAGUUCUUCGAUCUCCAUGCAAGUGAUGCUAAAUUGCUAACUUAGAAUUAAGAGGUCCCUAGCCUUAAAAUGCUCUUCCUUGAAUAAUCAGGGACAAAAUAUGGUACUUACACAUUUUUUUAUCUGUUCUGAAUAACUGUUAGGUUGUAUUUCAUAAAUACCUGAAGCUUUCAUUCUUAGCUUCACGUGGGAUUUCUUGAUUUCAGUAAUUCUUCCUGUGUUAAGUCAUAUAUAUAUAUAUAUAUAUAUAUAUAUAUAUCCUGCAGACAAGGUUACUCACGAGGAUGCAUUUGUUUUAUUGUGUGCCUUUUAGUUCAUAAAUAAGUUUAAAUUACUUAAUCUUUUGAACUCUCACGUUUGGUUAGUUUAGCACUAAUGGCACUCCUUUCACAUUUUAGGCAUUUAUAGAUUUUAACUUACUCAAAAUUGAUAAAUUAAACAAGGAACGCUUGAGCACCAUUUUUUUUCCCUCAUUGCCAUUGUUAUAGUCUCGUUACUAAUUCCAUUCUUAAAUUUUUUACUUUCACAAUUCUAUGAGAUGUUAACUGCAGAUCCUUUUAUCUACUUUUGGAUUGCAAUGUGUUUGCUAUAAUGAAAGACUACAUAAUCUAAGGCUGAUUAAAAUGCAUAUCUGGCUUUCACAAAUUAAUUAUUCACAAACUAAUAUAGAAGGCUAGGAACACUAUUCUUUUUAGAAUGACAUAAUUUUGUUUCACAUAUUUCUCUAUUUUUUCAAUUAUGGUGUCCACAUGCUGAGUUUUUCAUUUUUCUUAAUGCUUACCAAUCUAAAUCUAAAUCUUGUUUGAAUUGGAUUCCAUUAUGGGUCAUUAUGCUUAGGUUUCUCGUUUUCGGUGGGUAUUAUUUGUGGGAGCCAUAGUUGAUUUUAAGUUGCGACUCUAAUAAUGAGUUAAAUUGUUAUCCUAAUAACAAAUUAAGGAUUGUCAAGUGGUCAUUUCUUCCUUAACAACUAUUUAUUUGGAGCAUAAUUGUUAAAUAAUUAUCAUUUCUUGAUAUUUCUUUUUGGGCUACUAUAAUGUUACAGGCUGUUUUGGGAUGGUUAUUUGGCAUUACAGGUGGAAUACACUGUUCUGGCUGUUACAUCUACUCUAUUUAUUUCCCUAAUUUUCCUUUCAAGCCAAUUCUUCUUGAAAGGAUACAUUUUUGUCUUUCUACAGUUCUUUUGGGAAAGAACUGGAAGUGUUGGUGUACAAACUUACAAUGGGGUUAUGAUCAUUUAAAUUUCAAUAGCUUGUUAUUUACCAUACAGUAAUUUUGCUUACAUUUGCCCCUUGAUGAUGGAUUUUGACUCAGGUUCGAUGACUUUAAGUCCUCAAUCAACAUAGACAAUCUUUCUUUCCUUUUUUUUUUUUUUUAUGUUUAGUAUAUUUUGGUUUCUGAGUGGACAGGGCAGACACUGUCAGAUUCUGAGGCUGCCCCUUUCAUUUCCAUGAAACUUGUCCUGGAAUAAGACAAUGUAACCACAAUGUUGUCCUGACCUUUGCUUCUUACUGAGUCAAAUUCUGUGUGAUCGGUUAUGCUGUUAACCAUGCAGUUAUGAAGUAUAUUUAUAAUAGACCACUUUCAGAAGUUUUACGUUUUAAGGUUAGGUUUAUAAUGAAUGCGAUUUUUAUCAGUAAAGGCUGAUAAUGUCCAAUGUACGCUGGAUUAAUUUUUGUUUGCCACAUUUUUGUCCUCUGUAAUUUCAUGCUUUUACAAUGAACAAUUGGCUGAAAUCUUUCUUUUACUAGUUAUAUGAUGAGGUAUCUGUCUCCAAAGGAAAAGCCUGGCAGCGAAAACAUGGAUUUCCAUUUGGAGGUCUUAUAUUGAAUCUUAUUGGGUGCAGUGAGGAGUUUGACAGGAAGGAGAGUGAUAUAUGCCCUAGCUUUGGAUCGAUUAAUGGGACCUUGAAGUGUAAAAUCCUCUCCUAACCUUAUUGGAGAAGGAGAUUUAUUGGGAUUCUUUCUUCCUCCGCCUAUCUUGACUGACUAAUAGUAGUAUGAGAGCUCAAUUAGGGAGAGAGCACAAUGAUCUCACAAUAUUUAGAUGAAAGUUUGCUCGCCUCUUCAUUAAACAAUCUCAUCUUUAAAUACACAGCCAAAGCACUAGAACUCCCUACUUCCUAAGUUGUGAUAAGUACAAACCUCAUCCUGAAUUAUGUAAAUAAAAAUAGAAAUAUUAUUCUAAAUUAUCAGCAACUAAAUGAUAGCUAAUGACAACUAAUAACAGAUGAUAACUAAAAAACUAAUUAGCAGAAUAUUUUCCUACUAAUCUGUUGACUUCUUCUUGAACUUUCCAUGAGAAAAUCUCUUGAGAAUAUUCUGGAAUGGUGCCACGUGUGCUGCUGUACUCCUCUUCUUUUCUUUUAUUUUCGUAUCAUCACUCUCUCCCUCCAAAGCACGCUUGAUCUUAAGCGCAAAUGCAGGAUGUUUCUCCAUAAUUUGGUUGGCGUCCUCCUAAGAAGCAUCUGCAGGAGAUAAACCAUCCCAAUGAACCAAAACUUGGGCAAUUCCUGAGACCAUCUGUUUAUCCAAUUUGGUGUAGGAACUAUUUCUCCCUUGUACUAUCGGUAAUUGGGGCAUGAUGUCUACUGAAUUUCCUUGGAAUUUUUUUAGACUGGAAAUAUGAAAGACAAGGUGGAUUUUGGAAGAGGGAGGAAGAGUGAGACGAUAGGCCACGGACCCUAUUUUUGCUUCAACUGGGAAAGGUCCAUAGAAUUUUGGUGACAGUUUCCUAUUUCUUUUAGUGCCCAGGGAUAAUUGUCUAUAUGGUUGGAGUUUGACUAUGACCAAGACUCCUUCAGCAAAAGAAACCUCCUUAUGGUGCUUAUCAUAAGAUGCUUUUAUAAGAUUCUGUAAAAGUCUCUCUCGCAAAAGUUGCAAAGUUUGAUCACGAGUCUGCAAUUCUUGGUCUACUGCUUCAAUACGGGCAGCACCUGGAUAGUAAGUCGAGGCGUGGAGGUGCCUGGCCGUGAACAACUUCGAAUGGAGUUGUUUUCAGAGAUGAAUGGAACCCAGUGUUGUACGAAUAUUCUGCCUAAGAUAUCCAAUUGACCCAACUUCUUGGCUUGUCACCUGUAAAACAUCGUAGGUACAUCUCGAUGGUUUUGUUAACCACUUCGGUUUGUCCAUCACUUUGAGGGUGAUAGUUGAACUAAAGCAUAGUUUGGUGCCACACAACUUGAAUAAUUCAGUCCAAAAAGAGCUUGUGAAAGUGACAUCUCUGUCAUUUACAAUUAUCUCGAGUAAACCAUGCAACUUAAAGAUAUUAUCAAAAAAAAUACGAGCUACUGAAGCUGCUGAAUAAGGAUGCGCUAAUAGAAGAAAAUGUGCAUAUUUGGAGAAGCGAUCGACUACCACCAAUAGGACAAAUUUUCCAUAUGAAAGUGGUUAAUCAUCAAUAAAGUUGAGUGAUAUAUCUGCCCACAGCUUUAGUGAGACUAAUAAGUUCCUUCUUAUAAGCUGGCAAGUGAUGGUGGUGUUGUGCCAAUGGUCUACUGAAAAAUGCUACAGGUUUGUCUUCUUGUUGUAAGACUGCUCCUAAGCCACUAUCAGAUGCAUCACACUUUACCACAAAGCUUUUGUUGAAAUUUGGUAGUGCCAAGACUGAAGUGGUUGUCAUGGCUUGUUUAAGAGCCUCAAAUGCAGCUUUUAAGUCAGUAGUCCAAGUAAAAGAGUUCUUCCAUAACAUAUUGGUAAGAGGAGCUGCCAACAUGCCAUAAUUCUAAACGAAUUUUCGAUAAUAGCCUGUAAGUCCCAAAAUCCCCAUAAAGCUCUGAUUGUGGUUGGUUGUGGCCAAUUAAUCAUGGCUGCAAUUUUCUCUUCAUCUGCUUGCACGCCUUCUGCUGAAAUUAUAUGACCAAGGUAAGUUAUCUGUGAUUGAGCAAACAAGCACUUAGUCUCUUUGAAUAAUAAAGAAUGUUGUUGCAAUAAAUGAAACAAAUUCUGAGAUGGUGUAAGUGGUUAGACCAUGUGCUGCUGUAGAUGAGGAUGUCAUCAAAAAAUACAAGAACGAAUUUACGUAAGUAUUGCUGAAACACUUCAUUCAUGAGGGACUGAAAAGUUGAUGGAGCAUUAGUAAGGCUGAAUGGCAUGAGAAGGAAUUCGAAGUGCCCAUGAUGAGUGCGAAAUGCAGUUUUUUCCACAUCAUCUUUGUACAUACGAACUUGGUGGUGUCCCGAGCGCAAGUCCAGUUUAGAGAAAUAGCGAGCUCUAUGUAGUUCAUCCAAUAGGUCGUCAAUCACUGGGAUAAGGAAUUUAUCCCUGAUUGUUUUGGCGUUCAGGGCCCUAUAAUUAAUGCAGAACCACCAUGAGUUAUCUGCCUUUUUAACUAGAAGUACUAGUGAAGAAAAAGGAGAGUGACUAGGCCUAAUGAUCCCUUGCUGGAGCAUAUCUUGACAUUGUCUCUCAAUUUCAUCCUUUUGCAUAUUUGAAUAUCUGUAAGGCCUCACAACGACGGUGUUGGAACCUGGUUGCCAACGAAUGCUAUGGUCACAAGGGCGAGAGGGUGGCAAUCCUGCCGGUUGCUGAAAAAGUUGUUGAAAUUCUGAUAGUAAAUUCUUUAAAGAGGUCUCCUCUGGUUCCAUGAUAGUAGAGGCAAAGGCUGGUGAUGAUUGAAUUUUGUAAUCCCUAAUACCAUAUAGUUGUAUUGGAGUAUUCUGCCAUUGAAAAGUCGUCUUCAUUGUUGCAAAAUCCCAUUGAAUGGGCCUAAGAAUUCUGAGCCAAUUAACCCCUAGAACUGCACCAAAACCAUAUAAUGGAAGUAAUAAUAAAUCAAACUGAAAUGUUUGUCUAUCCAAUUUAAUAAACAUUUGGCAAACUCCAGAACAUUUGAGCUUUUCGCCGUUUGCCACUAUGACCCUGAGGUUUCCUUUGGUUUCUGUUGGAAUCUGAAGAUAACCCACUAAGGAUUCAUCCACAAAGCUCUGCUUGCUUCUCGAGUCAAUAAGGAUCGGUAUUGGUUUCCCAUGGAUUUCCCCUUUCACCUGCAUUGUUUGAGAAGAUUGGGUUACCAUGAAACGAAAUUUCAGGUUCUAGUAUAUUGCUUUCAGUGGUUUCUUCCUCAAUUCCUUCUAUCCAAAAUAGUUUCUUGCAUCUAUGUCCAGGAAUGAAUCGUUCAUCACAGUUGAAACAAAGACCUUUCGCCUUUCUAUCUUCCAUUUUGGCUCGUGUAAGGCGUCAAAUGUAAGGGGAACUUUUAGCACCAGCUUCCAUUGGUCUAUGAAUGGAGUUCCCUUCACCUCUGCGAGAGGGUUGCGCUGCAGCUUUUCUAGUUGUGAUUCGCCGCUCGUAGAGUCGUGCAAGACUCAUUGCUGUUGAUAAGUCAGGUGGGUUGUGGAGUUUCACUUCAACAGCUAUAUCUUCUCGUAAUCCACCAAUGAAAAUCUGCAUCCCCUGUUCCGAAGUUAACGAAGCGGUCUGAGCAGAUAAUUUUUCAAAUUGGCGUUGGAAUUGUUCCACUGAUCCUGUCUGUUUCAAUUUGGACAGCUCACCUAACUUAUUGCUUCCUGUUGGGGGCCCAAACCUUAAGUUGCAAUGAUACUUAAAGUUAGCCCAUGUCAAUUGUGGCUUGUCCCUUGCUAAUUUUAAGUACCAUACUUGGGCAUCUUCUUCUAAAUGUAAUGAGGCUAGAGAUACUCUUUCUUCUUCAGGUGUUCGUUGAUGGUGGAAGAAAUUCUCGCAGCGAUUCAACCAAACCAAAGGAUCAGUAUUUCCAUCAAAAGGAGGGAAAUCUUAUUUUGUAUAACGAGGAAAGACUUGGCGAUUCUCAGUGCGGUCUAUCCCGUUGAAGUUUCUAGGCUCACGAGGUGCACGAUUGAUGCUUCCAUCUCUAGAAUCAAUCUCUUUUCGCUGGGUGUUUAGAGUGUGAAUGAGUUGUUCUAGUUGUGCUACCAUGGUUUGUUGUCUUGCAUUGGUUGCAGCCUGGUCAGCUUUGUUGAUUGUUAAGGAUUCGUUAAAUUGCUCUUAUAAGGUUGUUGCAAUUACUGUGUUCUGUUUAUUAGUAAUUGCAUUUUAUGCUUUCUUUGCCCCCUUCCUUGGAGGCCGCAUUUGGGAGUACGCGCUGAUUGCCACCUACACUCCAGUGGUACUCCUUGUUUUCAUUCUUUAUGUUCGGUGCACAGCAAUUAAUCCUGCAGAUCCUGGCAUUAUGCAUAAGUUCAACAAAGACUUAAUGAGGGAUUCCAAUCGGGAUCAUGGCUUAUCAGAGAAAGAUUUACCCAAAAAAUUUGAUGAAACUGGUAGUGCAGUGCCUUCUUCCCCAUCAUCAGCUACUAAAAGUUCUAUUGCUGCAGCUAACUCUAGCAAGAAAAGCUCAGCAAGAGAAAUUGGGAGCAUGGUCACUACGGGUCAACUAUUGACCAGAAGAUCUUAUUAUAACACUGGAGGAAUCUUCUGUGCGUUGUUUGUUCACGAAGAUUGCCGCAAACAGGAAGGUGCAGCUGAGCAACAGGGCUCCGAAGAUGCUUUAUUUUGUACAUUGUGCAAUGCUGAGGUACGCAAAUUCAGCAAGCACUGUCGAAGCUGUGAUAAAUGUGUUGAUGGUUUUGAUCACCAUUGUCGGUGGCUUAACAAUUGUGUCGGGUACAAAAAUUAUGUGACUUUUAUUUCUCUUAUGGCCAUUAGUGUUGUGUGGCUUGUAAUUGAAGCUGGAGUUGGCAUUGCUGUCUUGGUGCGUUGCUUUGUUAAUAAAAAGAGCAUGAAUGCUGAAAUUGUUGACACACUUGGAAAUGGUUUCUCUCGAGCUCCUUUUGCUACAGUCGUGGCUGUAUGUACUGCAGUCUCGCUUCUGGCAUGUAUACCUCUGGGUGAACUUUUCUUUUUCCACAUGAUAUUGAUCAAAAAGGGUAUAACAACUUAUGAGUAUGUUGUGGCAAUGAGAGCAAUGAGUGAGGCACCUGCUGGAGCAUCUGUGGAUGAGGAUCUGCUAAAUGUGCUAUACUCUCCUUCAGGCUCUGCUACUACUGGCUUCAGUGGUGGAAGUUCACUUGGUCUGCAGUAUAAAGGAGCAUGGUGUACCCCUCCAAGGGUAUUUGUGGAUUAUCAGGAUGAAGUUGUACCGCACUUGGAGCCUGGGAUGGUCCCAUCAACUAUUGAUCCAGAUGCAGCUGGAGCAGCAGAAAGAGGGAUCAAGCUUCCCAAAAGGCCUGUUAGAAUUAGUGCUUGGAGACUUGCAAAAUUAGACUCAAGUGAGGCUAUGAGGGCAGCAGCCAAAGCCAGGGCGUCUUCCUCAGUGUUAAGGCCUGUUGAUAACCAUCGUCUAACAGAUCCUGAAUAUAGCUCUAGUGGUAACAUGAGUGUCAGAAGUAGUGUGAGCACCGACAUGGGUGCAAACAAAGAUAUUAAGAAUGAGCUGAGAUUAUCUACCCUUGCAAACUCUUUUGUUCCAAGUCAAGGUAGCAGGGAUGAGUAUGAAACUGGGACUCAAAGCGUUAGUAGCUUCAGCAGCCCAAGCCACAUCCAUGAAUCAGUCACACUUAGCCCACUACCGCAAACUCAUGGUUUGGGUCAUUUUAGUGCAGCAAACUCAGUCCCUGACUUUGUUCCUGAACAUCCUGUAGCUUCCAAGGCACCUAUUCUUUCUGGAAAGGACCCUCUAUCAGAUCCUAUAUCAGGAAUCAGUGAAAAGGUUAUGCAGAAGGGAAGUAGUACUGAUCCAUUACUUCUUUCAGCACCAGCUACUUCUCUUCUUCGAGAAGUCAAAAGAACAUCUGUUGUUUGGGACCAAGAUGCUGGCAGGUAUGUAUCAAUUCCUGUCUCAGCUUCUGAGGCUAGAAACAGAUCAACAACACAAAUAGGAGUGCCAAAAUCUAGUUCAGAGAUUAGCAAUCAAGGUAGAAAGCCGAUCAUUCCACCGGAAGUGUCUUCAUCUUCAGCGAUUAAGACUCCUGCACAGCAAGCUGAGAAACUGAUGUACUCGGGGGAUUCCAUUUUCUUUGGUGGCCCACUUUUGAGUCUGCCAGUUAGGGAUGGUUCAAGAAGUGGAGGUUCAGGUUCAAGAGAGGGUCAACAGAGGCUGGCACUGAACUUGCCUAGGGAAUCUAGAUUCAAAAGAGAUUCUGGCUCAAACCAACUUCCUGUGUUUGUACCUGGGGGUUCAGAGCAGAAUCCUCCUUCUAUGUCUGGAUUAAGGAAGAGUUAAAAUUUGAAUUUCUAACAGGAUUUCUGUACAAUUUUUUGUCCAAUUGAUCUGGUGAGAUGAGACAAUUCGGGCUUGAAGAAGAAAGCUCUUGGGAGCAGCUCAGCAGCCCCAGGAACCUUGCAAUUUUAGAUUGUUGUAAAUGCAUUGCGAGGUUCAAGCGGUUUCUUCUUUACAGGACGUUAGCGGUUGGACACCAGCUUCAGGUGAAGAAUGCAAGUCAAGAUGAUCUCAACAAACUCACUUCCCUUCACAAUGUGGCCUAAAGGGUUUCUAGAGUUCUUUCUAACACGGUACAAUUUUAUGGGUUACAUUACAGAAGAUUAACCAUUAUGCCUUUCCAAAGUGUUUGUGUGGGUAUGUAAUUUGCAUUCCUCUGAUCUUGCCUGUUUCUUUUGGCAGUGUGAAUUUAUCUGUUAAGUUUGGGGUAAAGCUAUGGGGGGGGGUCGUAAAUUUAUAGAUUAAUACAGUAUAAAUGAACAGAUAAAUAAAAUGAAGACUCCAAGAUGAUAGAAUGCAUGUACUUGACCAUGAAUUAGGCUUAUGCUUGUUCUG